AUGCUAUCCAGAGCUGCACGUCCCGCCCUCAGGGCCGCCGGCGCCCCAUCGCUGCGGCCCGCCGCCCCAGUCGUCCAGAAUGCCGCCAACUUCGCCACCCUCCGCGAAAUCGAAGGCCGUCUCAAGUCCAUCAAGAACAUUGAGAAGAUCACCAAGACGAUGAAGAUUGUGGCCUCCACCAAGCUCACCAAGGCCCAGCGUGCUAUGGAGGAGUCCCGCCAGUACGGAAACACCAACCAGAAGGUCUUCGAUGAGGCAGAGACAAAGCCAACAGAGUCGGAGGGCAAGAAGACGCUGCUCAUCGUGUGCAGCUCGGACAAGGGUCUCUGUGGUGGUAUCCACUCUGGUCUGUCCCGUGCUGUGCGCCGCAUGAUCGACGAGAACCCAAAGGCAUACGAGCUUGUCAUUCUGGGCGAGAAGGCCAAGGCUCAGCUCGGUCGUAGCAACGCGCAGCAGAUGGCCAUGUCUUUCGCAGGUGUCGGCAAGGACGUCCCAACCUUUGCCGAUGCUCAGGCCAUUGCCGACCAGGUCACCCUCCUCCCAGGCGACUACGGCAGCGUCAAGAUCUUGUACAACAAGUUCAUUAACGCCCAGAGCUACGAGCCAACUGUGAUUGAGGCAUACGAUGAGGAGGCCAUUCGCGAGUCACCAAACUUCUCUGCUUUUGAGAUCGAUGACGAGGUUCUCACCAACAUGCGCGAGUUUGCCCUCGCCAACUCGCUCUUCUGGGCUCUGGCUGAGGGCCACGCCUGCGAAAUCUCCGCUCGUCGCAACGCCAUGGACAAUGCGUCCAAGAACGCCGGCGACAUGAUUGACAAGUUCCAGAUUCUCUACAACCGAACGAGACAGGCUGUCAUUACUGGCGAGCUGGUCGAGAUCAUCACUGGUGCUGCCGCAUCUGAGGAUUCAUAG